AAUUUAUUUCUGUGGUUCAUAACCUUAGUCAUCCUCUAGCUUUAUUUUUUUAUCAAUUGCCCUGAAAUUUUCAUUAAUUACUUCACAAACAAAAUAAUUAGACCGAAAAGUAAUAUUUUGUUUACAUCACGAGAAGUUUCAACUUUUAUAAUGCUAUAAAAAAGUGAAGUAAGAAGGUCGGAAGUUCUAAUUUGAAGUGAAAAUUCAUAAGUUACGAUGGAGGUGUUAUGGAAAAUGUAAUUUUUUUUUUCAAAAUUUAAGCCACAUUUCAUCUCGAAAAUUUUUUCAUAUUGGAUUUAUUUGAAUACAAAACUCACCCUAUCCUGACUAGAAAAUUUUUUUGGGUAACCUUGUUUUGGGGAGACUUUAACUUUUUAGAUUUUGGGAGUUGACAGAAUCCUUCACCUACUCUCAAUUUAAGUCCAUUAUUCCAGAACAAUGGCUGGAAAUCCAGGCUUGGAACAACUAAUUCCUGUUGUCAAUAAGUUACAAGAUGCAUUCACACAACUCGGUGUUCAUUUAACUCUUGAUCUGCCCCAAAUCGCAGUAAUUGGUGGUCAAUCGGCUGGUAAAAGUUCAGUCCUUGAAAAUUUCGUAGGCAGAGAUUUUCUUCCCAGGGGUUCGGGUAUAGUUACCCGUCGUCCUUUGAUUUUACAACUUAUCAACAGUAACACUGAAUAUGCAGAGUUCCUUCAUUGCAAAGGGAAGAAGUAUGUUGAUUUUGACGAAGUUCGUAGAGAAAUUGAGGCAGAAACAGAUAGAGUUACUGGCAGUAAUAAGGGUAUUUCUAACAUUCCUAUUAACUUGAGAGUUUAUUCACCUAAUGUAUUGAAUCUAACUCUUAUUGACUUACCUGGUCUUACAAAAGUACCUAUAGGUGAUCAACCUAUCGACAUUGAACAACAAAUACGAUCUAUGCUUCUUCAGUUUAUUAAAAGGGAAUCUUGCCUUAUUCUUGCUGUUACACCUGCUAAUACUGAUUUAGCGAAUUCUGAUGCUUUGAAACUGUCAAAAGAAGUAGAUCCUCAAGGAAUACGUACAAUAGGUGUAAUAACAAAAUUAGAUUUAAUGGAUGAAGGUACUGAUGCUAGAGAUAUUUUGGAAAAUAAACUUCUUCCACUAAGAAGAGGAUAUAUCGGAGUUGUCAAUCGAUCACAGAAAGACAUUGAUGGUCGUAAAGAUAUAAAUGCUGCUCUUGCUGCAGAAAGAAAAUUUUUCCUGAGUCAUCCAUCUUAUCGUCACCUGGCGGACAGACUGGGUACCCCAUAUUUACAACGUGUUCUAAACCAACAACUCACAAAUCACAUUAGAGAGACACUGCCUGGACUUCGAGACAAACUACAGAAACAACUUCUUACCCUUGAGAAAGAUGUUGACCAAUUUAAAAAUUUUCGACCUGAUGAUCCAGCUAUUAAAACAAAAGCCAUGCUCCAGAUGGUACAACAACUAACUACGGAUUUUGAGAGAACAAUAGAGGGAUCAGGUUCUGCACAAAUAAAUACAAAUGAAUUAUCCGGUGGUGCUAAGAUAAAUCGUCUGUUUCAUGAACGAUUUCCAUUCGAAAUAGUCAAGAUGGAGUUUGAUGAAAAAGAAUUACGUAGGGAAAUUGCUUUUGCCAUCCGUAAUAUCCAUGGUAUAAGGGUUGGUCUUUUCACGCCCGAUAUGGCUUUUGAGGCUAUAGUAAAGAAACAAAUAAGUCGUUUGAAAGAACCUAGUUUGAAAUGCGUCGAUUUAGUUGUAACAGAAUUGUCCAAUGUUGUGCGAAAUUGUGCUGAGAAGAUGAUGGCAUAUCCUCGUUUGAAGGAAGAGGUGGAAAGGAUCAUAACAACUCAAGUCAGACAGAGAGAACAGAGAUGCAAGGAUCAGAUCUGCCUCCUUAUAGACUGCGAACUAGCUUAUAUGAACACUAAUCACGAAGAUUUCAUUGGUUUUGCCAACGCACAGAGUCAGUCUGAAAGCUCUGUCAAGACUGGAACCCACGGUGCUCUUGGAAACCAGGUUAUUCGUAAAGGCUAUAUGUGCAUACACAAUUUAGGUAUUAUGAAAGGGGGCUCUAGAGACUAUUGGUUUGUUCUGACGGCAGAGAGUAUUUCCUGGUAUAAAGAUGAGGACGAAAGAGAGAAGAAGUUCAUGCUACCUCUGGAUGGAUUGAAGCUUAGGGAUGUUGAACAAGGUCGAAAUAGGCGUAAAAGUUCUAUCUUUUCGGAUAUAUUAGAUGAUAUGCAAAUAGGUUUCAUGUCGAGAAGACACAUGUUCGCCCUUUUCAAUCCAGAAGGCAGGAAUGUUUACAAGGAUUUCAAACAACUGGAAUUAAGCUGUGAAACAGUCGAUGAAGUGGAUUCAUGGAAGGCUUCCUUCCUCCGUGCUGGGGUUUAUCCAGAGAAGCAAGUAGAACAAGAAAACCAAGACAAUCCAGGUGAAAAUAUCACCAGUUCUAUGGAUCCCCAGCUAGAAAGACAAGUUGAAACAAUAAGGAACUUGGUGGAUAGUUAUAUGAAGAUAGUAACGAAAACAACAAAAGAUUUAGUGCCGAAAACCAUCAUGUACAUGAUCAUCAACAAUUGUAAGGAUUUCAUUAAUGGGGAACUUUUAGCUCAUAUUUACGCUAGUGGGGAUCAAUCCCAACUCAUGGAAGAAGCACCUCAUGAAGCCCAAAAACGGGAAGAAAUGAUUAAAAUGUAUCACGCUUGCAAGGAAGCUUUGAGAAUCAUUGGAGAUAUUUCUAUGGCAACCGUCUCCACUCCAGUACCGCCACCAGUUAAGAACGAUUGGUUAGGAAGUGUUGGUAAUCCUAGACUGUCCCCACCAAGCCCUGGUGGAGUUAGGAAAGCUCCUCCAACAAUGUCUUCUGUCGCUUCUAGGGCGCCCCCGCCACCUCCCUCAACAAAUAGACCAGUUCCUAUUAUUCCAAGUAGACCAGGCGCGGGGGCUCCCCCUCCAAUGCUCCCAAACAGACCAGGACCUGGUGCUCUCCCACCUCCACUCAUUCCUACAAGGCGUUAAAUUGUAAAGUUGGUGCGAAUCAAAGUCUACAGUGUAAGCACACUUGAUACUAAAAAAUUAAACGUGACAAUGAGGAAUAUUUAUAUCCAAUGUGCAGAACUAUAUUAUUUUUAUAAAAAGUGUAUUAUAAAAGAUACUACAAUUAGUAACUAUCUCCUUUUAUUUAUAUAUGAAACUUAUAUACUACCAAAAAUAUAUAAUGCUAAGCUAUGGCAUGUUAUUCAGCAAAAAUUAGAAUUUCUGAAUUUAUUUAUGGAAAAAGUAUUACCUAGAAAAUGUGGAUGUUUUAGAUUUGGAACUGAGUAAAUCUAGAAACAAUAAUCGAUUCAUCCAUUCUGAAUGUGUAGUGAGACAAAUACCAAAUGUACGAAAUAUAUGUGCUGGGUAGAAAAUUAGAUUUGCUGAAUAAUAUUAAAAAAGUGCACUUAUGUAGACCUUAGGUUAAUUUUUCAUAAGUGUUUAAGAAACAAGUGAUAUUGAAAUGAAUCAUUGUUUUGUAGUUUAAAACCACAGUUCUAAUUUUUCUAAACAGAUUCACAAUUUGCUGUUGAGUUUUGAUGAAGUAUGUAUAUUUUUGUAUAUUAAAGUGAUUUUUAUGAAAAUAUAGUAUUGCAUCUUAUAAAAUGUAUUAAAAAUAUCUGAUACAAAUCUGCAUAAUUUGUUUGAAAACUUUCAUAUUAUUUUUGUACUUUGGAAAUAGUUUAGAGCUCUUGUGAGAUGUGUAUUGCUUCAAUAGUAAUUACAAGAUUAGUUGGAAGAAAUAUAUAUUCACAAGCCCAAAUUGAUCGAUAUUACCUACACAUUGAUUGUAAACGUAUUAGCAGUAGCUGUAAUAAUAAAUUGUUCAAUUCAUUAUAUGCAGUAUGAGUAUUAAAUAGGUGUUUGCUGA